AUGCAUCAAAAUUCUUCAAAUGAAAGUAAUCAAAAACAAAAAAACUCCAACAAAGAAAAGGAUUGUACGGUGGAAAAAGAAUGUAAGGAGGAAUCUGGACUAUCGGAAAUAGUAAAAAAAGAGAUUAAAUGUGCAAACAUCGAAUAUCGAAAAACCGAUUGGAAAACCAUUCAAAGUGAAUUUAAUAUUAAGUUCAGAUUAAAUAGGAAUAUCAAAUCGAUACAAGAAAAAUACAAUAAAUACUUGAAAGAUGAUGUCUAUAUAAGUGAUUCCGAAGGAAAAAGAAGAUCAUAUCCGUUCACUGAUAAACAUGUUGAGUUGAUUUUAAGUGCUAAAAUAGAGGAACUCGGAAAACAGCCGUGGAAACUUCUGUCCGACGAAAUUAAUAAAUAUCUUCAUCCUUCUGAAGUUAAAUGUACGCCAAACCAG